CAACCCCAACAACGUCAACCUGCAGAAGGAAAGGCCAGUUUUCCUUCAAUUGAAGGUCAUGGAGAUCAUUACGUGUCAUGCAAUGGUGAAGAGGUUGGGUGCGAACGACACGUGUUGCACCAUUAUCAAGCAGGUAAAAUAGCCGCAAGACUUAGGGGGUGAGGGUGAGAAAAAAAUCGUAUAAAAGGAGAGAGAAAAUGCUACAGAAAUCAGUCGAGUGAGGAUCUCCGACACGAGAACAACUGCUGCACUAUUGGUCUCCAACUGCCUUCUUCAUCGCAUUAUCAGUUCGCAAUCAUGGUUAACUAUGGCGUCGUGCUCCUUUUGGGUAUUGGAUCGUUGAUGGCUGGGGCGACCACUGGUGUACCGAUGUCUCCUGUGCAUGGUUGAUAACGAGCCUCGGCAGCUAAAGAAUACUACACCAUGCUGCCGACUAUUAAAAAACAACAUCAACACCUUCUUCCUAUACCGAAAACACCAAGUACUACAACACCAAGUCUCCAGAGUAUUAAACUGAAACGUACUCUGCUCCAUCUUAGGAAACAUGGUCAACUGUGGGUCGUGCUGCUGUUGGGUGUUUUGUUGAUGGCUGGGGAGACCACGGGACUACCGAUGUCUUCUGAGUAUGGUGGAUACCAAACAUCAACGCCGCCGCCUUACUGCACAACGCAGUCAACAUACGCAACAUCUACUUACUACACCGACGCUUUCAAGUACUUCUCUUCAAGCUACUACAAAACUGAGGCUCCUGUUUACUACACCAAGGCCACCGAGUAUUACACUACAACCAAAUGUUAACUAUGGCGUCGUGCUGCUGUUGGUUGUUGUAUCCUUGAUGAUUGGGUCGACUACGGGUGAACCGAUGUCUCGUGGGUAUGUCGGAGACCAAACCGCAACGCAGCCGUCUUACUGCACGACAAAAACAUACGCAAUAACCAGAUACUACACCGCCAAGGCCCCAGAGUAGUGCACCACAACUUAUGAUGUUCUGAACUACUACACUGAAGCCCCA